UCGGCUCAAGGCUCAAGCAGAAGCUGGCCUCUUGUAUUGAAUAUUGAUUAAUUCCCAGGUACUUCAAUUUCUUCUGUCCACAGAUUCGACAGAUUUACAUAAAUUCAUAGAUUCAAAACGUCAUAUUUUGUGAGAUUCGAACAUCUAAUUCAUAUGUUAAUCGCUUUUAUGAGUUCAAUCUGUAAAAGACAAAGCGUUAGAAGAAGUCUGAGUGAUUUUUGAGUUAUUAUUAUUAUGGUGAGGGAGCUAAGCGUUGAGUCAUUCUAUACCCGACUACGUCAAUCCGCUUUAGCAUCUUCUUCUUCCACACCUCUCCUAAUUUUUCCAUCUACAUCUGAUGUUGAUUCCCUUUGUGCAUUAAAGAUUGUUGGCCGUGUUCUUGAGUCUGAUUCUGUUCGGUAUGCUUGUUACCCUGUUUCCACCUUUAAGGAAAUUGACAAGUACACAGGUCCUAGUUUGUCUAAUUCCACGAAUGAUCCUGUUACUAUCCUUCUUAUAAAUUGGGGAUGUCAACGGGAUCUGAGGAAGAUUCUAAAUUUAGGGUCUUCGGCUCUUGUUUUUGUGAUUGACAGUCACCGUCCUAUUCAUUUGCAUAAUCUCAGUGAUCAGAAUGAUCGUGUGUUUGUUCUCUAUACUCGUGAGGAUGAGGAACAGGCUGAUUUGGCAUGUGUUAUGAAAGUACCUGUUUCUGCUUUGGCAAAUGCAAGUGACUUAAACAGUGAUGAUGAGGGUGAGUGUGGGUCAGAGAGUGAAGAUGAUAGUGAUAGUGAAGAGGAAGAGCAAGAUGAUGAUGAUGACAGGUCACAGAAGAGGAGGAAAGUGUCGGGAGAGAAAGAGGAGGAUCCUGUCAAGCAAUUCAGGAAACUAAAGAAGAAUUAUUAUCACAUGGGUACCUUUCAUGGGAAGCCUUCUGGUUGUUUGAUGUAUUCUCUUGCCCAUUCACUGAGGAAGAACACCAAUGAACUUCUAUGGCUGUCUUGUGUAGCUUUAACCGAUCAAUUUGUUCACGAAAGGUUAACAAAUGAGAGAUAUGAAGCUGGGGUAAUGGAGCUUGAGCACCACAUUAAUAGCUCUGAGAAUCUGAGUGCUGCUACUACAUCAGUUACACUGAAAGAUGGAAUGAAGGUUGUGGCACCCGAUACUUCCAGGAUUUCAUACGACGAUGAGCCAAAACUCAUGCUGUUGCAGGAGUGGAACUUGUUUGAUUCAAUGUUGUGCUCAUCUUACAUAGCAACCAGAUUAAAGACUUGGAGUGAUAACGGCACAAAAAAGCUGAUGUUACUCCUGGCUAGAAUGGGAUUCCCACUUGACGAAUGUAAACAGAAGUUUCAGUACAUGAACAUAGACAUGAAAAAGAAGAUGAAAGAGGAGUUUGAUGGUUUCUUACCCGAGUACGGUUUAUCAGAUUUCUAUUAUAGAGGCUUCUGUCUCCUAUAUGGGUAUAGUUCAAGAAUCUCAGCAGCUGACGUUGUUUAUGGUGUAACCGCGCUACUAGAGUCGUUUGUAGAAUCUGAUGGCUCUUGUGCUUCUGAGCAGUUUUUGGCUGCUUAUGAUGCAUUGUCCUUGACCAAGCUUCAGAAAUUGGAAACUGGAAUGAAGCAUGCCAUCAAGAUUCAAAGAGCAAUUCUCAGACAAGGAAGUGCUGCCAUAACAAAGAAGGGAUCAAUAAGAAGUGGCACUAAAUUUAGGUGGGUUAAACUUGAAGAUUCAGUAGACACUAAGCUAUUGUGUUACCCACAGUCUUUAACCAAGUUUGGGUACUUUGUGAUGGAUGCUUUACGUGAAAAAGGAGCUAGAAUGAAGCCUCUAGUCUGCAUUUGCUACUCACAAGAGCGCCACAAGGUAUUGAUUGUUGGAUUAAGUGGGAAGCCCCAGCUUGGAGCCAAUAAAGGAAAUGGGUUUGGAUUUGCUUUCAGAAUUGCUGCGGAGGAGACUGGAGCUGACUUCUUUCACGACCUGUUUGAAUCAUCUUGGAUAAUUUUAGAAGACAUUGCUGUAAAUUCAUUUAUGAUCAGGUUAACAGAGAAAUUGUGGUGAAGUAGUUCAUCCAUUCCACAUGUCUCUUUAACUUUUAAACAGGUAACUUUGCUGCUAAGUAAUCUGAUUCCACUUGCCACCAAAAACAGGUAACUUUGCUGAAUCCUGAAAGGCAAUUCAUAGUUUGAUGAUCAAUUAUCUCCUAUGUUGAAUGCUGCUUCAGAUGACGCCUUAUGAAUCCUGAUGAGAUACAUUUUAGAAUUUGAUUCAAGAACUAGUAUUUAUUUGUUGACAUUGUAAUUGUAGUAUUUGCUGGAGUGAAAUGUUCUGGGGUUUUAUUUGAAA